CGUUCCUUCUUCUUGCGGCAUCGUUUUCAACUAACGACACCGUGCUAAAAAGUCAUUAAAAAUAUUAAUUAACUAAUCUGGCCAUCACUAGUCCACGACCAACGACAUCAUUAGCGCCAAAACGGCUCCGUUUGUUUUUCCUUUUGCGACAUUGUUUUUUAUUAAACACUGUCGUUUGCUUGCGGUACCGUUGGGCUUCCUCGCGGUACUGUUUUAGAUCUCCGCGGCACCGUUUUAGAUCUCCGCGGUGCCGCUUCUCCCUAUCCAACAAGGAAUAAAAAGUAAUAAUAAUUAAUUAGAACAAACAAAAACUCCUUCCCCAACUACGACUAAACGCGCGGCCCCUCUUUUGUUUUUUGGUGACCGGUGCCGUUUCCAGUGUCGCGGUACCGCUGAGCUUCCUUGCGGUACCGUUUUUUGUUCCGCGGUAUCGCUUAAUUUCAAACGACGCCGUCUUUUGCCCACGGUAUCGAAUUAAAUGCCGAGACUAAUUAAUGCGACAUUUAAUUUCGGUCGAAUUAAUUUUUAGGUGUCAACAAUUUCUGUUUCGCCUUAUUAGAAAAUAGAAAUAGCAGCAGCAUGGACUAGGUUUUGUGAGACUGAGGAUUUGAAUCUUUGGUCUGUUGGGUUGUUUUUUGUUAGAAGUGAUUUAUUGUUACUUUUAGAAAUCGUGGUUUGUUUGGCAAGUAUUUAUUCAUUUAUUUGAAAUCUGUACACUCAUAUUUUUCAGGGUACAUAUCGGAUUUCACAUAUUUUUAGCUACUCUACAGGAUGCAUAAAAAACUUACGUUUUUACGUUUUGAUUCUACGUUUUACGAUUUUAUCCAUUUUCCGUUUCUAGGUAGAAUCGCGCUUUUGACUGCAUUGAUGAUCACUUCAAGCCAGGAUUUCCUCUUGCAUCCUUUUUUAUUCCUAUGACGAGGUUGACAACUCCAACCACCUGAUUAUUGGUUUUGUCAUUAAGUUUGAUUGCUCACAGCAGGAGAGAAAACCAACCAGAUUUGAGUUGAACUUGCUCUGGAUUUUACAGUGGAUGAAACAUCAAUGCAUUAUGAUUUUCUUAUGGUGUGUAGUAGUUUGAGGUCUUGACUCCAAGAUGUGCUCUUUUUCCCUCUUGUUAUUAGGUUGAGAGGCCAGGAGUCGUGUGUGGAGGUCCUUGAUAUUCAUAAUGGAAGAAACAGGAAAUCCACAUCCUUAUGUGCCCACAGAUCUGCUACUCCCCGAUUAUGUGCCUCCAUUUCUCUCUCAAUCCGCCAUCCUCUGCAUUUACGGGGUUGUCUCUCUCGUUGUCGUUUCCACUGUUUGGAUCUCUUCUGGCUUCUCCCGGAAAAUAGCUAAACUUGACAGGCUUCUUCUUUGCUGGUGGGCUUUCACUGGUCUCACACACUUGAUUCUCGAAGGAUAUUUUGCUUUUGCACCGGAAUUUUACAAGGACAAAUCUGGGUUUUUCCUUGCUGAAGUUUGGAAAGAAUACAGCAAAGGUGAUUCAAGAUAUGCAGCAAGAGAUUCUGGAGUAGUUUCUGUUGAAGGAUUGACAGCAGUCUUCGAGGGGCCCGCCUGCCUUUUAGCUUUAUAUGCUAUUGCUACAAGAAAGUCAUACAGCUACAUUCUUCAGUUUGCUAUCUCCCUGGGACAGCUCUAUGGAACUGCCGUGUAUUUCAUUACUGCAUAUCUAGAGGGCGAUAACUUUGCUGCCAGUCCGCAUUAUUACUAUGCCUACUACAUUGGUGCCAAUGCAUCUUGGGUUGUCAUACCCUCGUUGAUAGCCUUGCGCUGUUGGAGGAAGAUUUGUGUGGCCGUGAACGUUGCAGACCAGAAAAAGACCAAAACAAAAACCCGCUAAGUUAGCAGCUGACAAGAAUGCCCGACUCCCUUUGCAUCGUUGAUGAUAUCUCGCUUCUCGCUACUUCUUGUUUGGUGGUUUGGUUUCUGCAACUGGAAGGGUUGGAAGCAUUAUUAAUCAGGAGAGAUUGAAAACUUGGGAUCAUUCUUUUCGAAUGUGUUCCUAAUGAAAUUAUGUAUUGUCUGGAUCGAUUGGAACAUGUGCUGUGUCUCGGCAGAGUGCUUUCUACUGUGAACCUUAGAAUUUUCGAUUUCAUCUUCAUGUUCGUGUUUGUUCUUCUCUCACAACAAUAUCCACCAACUGUUUCAGUCAAGGCUUGGACUGCGCCAGAGAGUAGGUGCGAAAGCCCCAGCCUUUGUUACUUGUCUAGCUGCUCUUGGAUAGAAUAAAUUUCAUUGUAGGGU